AAAGGAGGGACAAGGUUGUGUUUCUUCUCGAUCGCCGAGCACGCGAGGUGACAGUCUUCCUCUUUCUUUUCUUGUACCGUCGCCUCUCUGGCUCCUGCUAGGGAGGAGCAUGGAACCUGCUGUAUGGCCACCCUGCGACUUUCAUCUGGCCGAUUGGUCCAUGGAACCCGCGGGAGCUGCGUGGGUUGCUGACGAGUUUGUUUGGUCCACUGAAAUGCUGGGCACCUGCUUCCAGACGUAUGUUCCUAGCAGCCCUAGCGGAGGGCAGCUGCAGCAGGUUCAGUAUGCGGCAGCCACACAGAAGUCACCUUGUGAGGAAGAAGCACAUCCACAAAACAAGAUGGAGAUGGAGAUCCGCGACCCGAUGCAAGUGUUCGAGAAAACAGCACACGAGUUCGAGGUCGACAUCGACAUGUUCGACAGGAAGAUGCAUAGGUACCCCGGACUCAUUCGACGUCUCAGCGACGGCAACAAAAACUACACCACUCCGGUGACGGUGGCCAUCGGACCCUACUACCACGGCAAAGACCACCUCAAGCCGGCGGAGAAGGUGAAGUAUGUGGCUGCCUACCACUGCAUCAUGGAGUCGGGCCACUCUGUCCAGGAGAUGUACGACGCAGUCGUCUCAGUCGCAGGCGAGGCCCGGGGGCUCUAUGACAAGGACGUGAUGGCAGGUAUCAGCGACAACGACUUCGAGCCUAUGAUGUUCUAUGAUGCCUGCUUCUUGGUGCAGUUCAUGCUUAAACUUACAGGCUCCAACUUGAAUUCGUAUUUAUCCCGCUAUUUCAAGGGCAAUAUGAACGACAUCUUCCGUGACAUCCUCCUGCUUGAGAACCAGCUCCCCUGGCGGGUGGUCGAGACCGUCAUGUGGUUCAGGCAGGUGUCGUUGCCGAAGCUCGUUAAUUCGUUGAAAAACGGCCUGCAAGACCGCAAGGUCCGCGGGAGGAAGCCUUUGGACUGGGAAGAGAAGUACAAACCGCCACAUCUCCUCGGUCUUGUCCGGUUCUACAUUGUGGGAAGGAGCAAACCCAAACCGAACCGGCAGCCGCUACCCCGCCUCGAGUCGGUUUCGAUUUCUGUAGGUGCCAUGGAGCUUGCAGAAAGCGGCAUCAUGCUGACGGCCAACAAGACAAGUGACCUCGUAGACAUGGGCAUCGACACGAAAGGGCCCUUCUGCGCGGAGCUCUCUCUGGCGCCACUGUCCCUGAACGAUUUACGCUCAGUCUGGCUAGUCAACAUGGCAGCCUUCGAGCUGUCCACGACCCUAGAAUUUCAAGGGCGUGAUGCUGAAGAUGAAGCGUCCGCUGUCUGCUCCUACCUCCUCCUCCUAGCCAUGUUCGUGGACAAGGAGGAGGACGUGCACCAGCUGCGAACACAGAGUGUUCUGCAAGGAGGAGGAGGGCUUACCAACAAGGAGGCGCUCUCCUUCUUCACCAGCCUUCAGGACCUGCCUCUCGGGAGCCGCUAUGUCCGCACCAUGAAAGAGAUUGAGAAUUACAGGAACAAGCAGAGGCGGAAGCGGACACGGUGCCACGCCUUUUUUCACAAGAACUGGAGAAUCAUCGCCACGGUCUUCUCCGCCGUUGCUGCACUCAUCACUAUCUUGAGCACGCUUGCGUCUCUCAAGAAACAAUAGCUCCUCUCCCUUUGUCUAUGAUCGAUGUUGUGAUUUUGCAACCUUUAAUUAUUAUUUUUCUUUUUGAAUCAGAAUUAAUGACAUUUGCAAGUAAAUGCUCCAUCUUAAUCUUCUGAUUCUCCUGGGUGUUGUUUGGUUUCAUCCAAAGAUUAAUCACACAUCCGAAACAGAGAAUACUCGCCCACGGAAGGCUAUCUAGGCCAACGCUUAGGUUAUCUGCAGCUUCGUUGCCGCUGGCAGCUGGAACCGUACGUGCUGUCGUGCGGGCCUGCAACAUUGUUCCCAUGUUGUGAGUUAUUUAUCCAAAACCCUCACACUUGGGUUAGAGUAACAACUUGAUAGCACAUUAAAGGCAGGGCACGAAAAACCACCGGAAAUGUGACUAAUGCGUAACACGGAUCACUGAUAGUGAGAUAACUUCGCGAAAACAGUCAAAGUGACCGGUUGGGCCCACCUGUA